CUAAUCCGAAAUUUGUCUGUGACUGUCGUUUUGGUUCCAACAACAAGAACCUGUGUUCCUUCUUCAUUCAUCCUCCCACUCUCUCUCUCUCCAUGGAGUCUCAGUUUCUUCCCAAGCUCUACCUUGUUCUCUCCUUAUCCAUCUUCUUCCUUUCAUCUUCUCUCGUUCAAGCUAAAGUUACCUUCAAAUACUGCGAUAAGAAGGCAGACUAUGCUGUCAAGGUGACUAACAUUGAAAUAUCACCAAACCCAGUAGUCAGUGGCGACCCGGCCACAUUUAAGAUCUCAGCUACUUCUGGACAAGCUAUUGAUGGUGGAGAGCUGGCAAUUGGAGUAUCAUAUGUUGGAGUGCCUGUCCAUACUGAAAAAUUUGAUAUUUGUGAUAAAGUAUCCUGCCCAGCUAAGGGCAAUUUUCUGAUUCCUCACACCCAAACAUUGCCUGCAUUUACUCCACCGGGACCCUAUUCUCUGAAGAUGACACUCGACAAUGAUAAGGGUGAGCUCUUAACUUGCAUCAAGUUUAAUUUCAAAAUCGUUCUCGGCGGAUCUCUUGUGUCUGAUAUGUGAAGUGUCCUGCGCUGUGCAAGACUGGUUUGGGGUACCACUUAUUAUUUAGUAUUUUGUUGUUAUGUGUACUGUACAAUAUCACCUUUCAAGAGUUUCAUCAUGUAAGGCCAAUGCUGUCUGAUGUUUCAUUCGUAUCAGUGGCAUGAACUUUGCUAUGAUCUUGUAUAAGUUUAAUAAGAAAAUCUUACAUUUUAGUGUAA